AUGGGACGAGCCUCCUCUCCAGGUCUGACCGCUCAAGACUUCCACCACCACCACCAGCCUUAUGUCAAUCCCCUCGACGUCUUCCCCGCCAAGUCGAGAUUAGCUGGUCGUUCACAGAACUACAGGUCACCGAUCAGGAACCAGGCCACAGCCAGGAGCUCCUCGCGCUUCCCACCCGAUCCACAUACAUUUGCGUGCUGCGAAGACGAUGAGGACGAUGGCUCUUUUCUCUCCUCCAACGCUCUUGACUGUUGCGUCAGUUUCGACCAUGGUGACGAUAGCCUCGUCAGCUUUGACCAGCCUUCGCCCGGCUGCUGCGAUGAGCCACAUCACAACUCACCAACACCGAUGGACUGCGACGAUUGCGUCGACGACUGUGACGACUGCGUGGAGGAGCAUGUCAAAGCCAUUCAGAGACCCUGCCACUUUGUUGAUGGGUGUGACGAAUGCGACAACGAGAAGACGACCCAGUGCCCUGAUGGCCCUGCAUGCCAGGAGACCUGUGACGAGUGUGACUUCUCGUGCUUCGACUGCGUCGACUGGACCGAAUUCGAAAAGGACAAAAAUCUAGGCCUCUCCUUCUCAGUCCCAUUGCUGGACACCAACGAUUUUACGCAGUCAGACUUGGGCCUCGAGGAACCGAGCAUGCUGGGCGUUCAACCUUUCGAUACGCUCAUGGGGCCCUCUAACACGGUAGUCCCUCCAGUGGAUGUCCCCAUGCAUCAUCAGUGUUUUGCCAACACAGCCCCCUACUGGGACACCAUCGCCCAGGAACAGCUGUGCUCUGGCAAUCCAGGCUUAAGUCAGCAACUUCCCCUGCCACCUUUCUCUCUCAACUUUGGCUGCCAUCCAGCCGUGGCUCAUCAGCAACUUCUCCCACACCCACAACCACACUCAGCAGCGUGUGACGACGCCCACUUCACUGCCGGAUCGCCACAUCCAUCGAACCGGCUUGCUACCACCGACCCUCUGACCGACACACAGGACCUUCUCUCCGCCGUCACCGCCCCCGCCACAUCCCGCGCCUGCCAAUGGCUUAUGCCGUGCGGGACCGUGUGCGGCGCCUCCUUCGCCACGGGGACGGACCUCAAAAAGCACCUAAAAGCCGUGCACCUAGCCAAAGGCGUCACCAAAUGCCAAUGGCAAGGCUGCGACGCCGCGGACUUUGCCUCCGAGGCCGCCCUGACGGGCCACAUCUCGAAGAAACACCUAGCCGCGAUGCUUGCCCACGUGUCCGCCACCUCGAGCGCGACCGCUACUCCUCAACACAAACACCAUGGUGUCAAGCACACCCACGCCCGCGACGGCGGCCCGCCCUUCAAAUGCACGUUCCCCAACUGCCACAAGUCCUUCACGUACAAGCACAUCCGCGACGAGCACGUGGCCACCCACCACGGCGGGAACAAGAUGUACUGCCCGGUCUGCCACGCGUACCUCAACGGCGAGGGCAGCAACUUCAAGCGCCACAUGGCCCUGCACCGUCCGAAACAUCAACACAUGUUGUGCAAGUUCCAUGACGUCGGGUGUAAGCGCCGGUUUCCGCGGCUGGAUAAUCUGCGGCGCCACGAGGCGUGCUGCAAGUUUGGCAAGAAGGCAAAGGCCGAGGGUGGCCUUGUGGUGGGGGAGCACGCAGGACCGCAUCAUCACCAUCAUCAUCACGCACGUGCAUGA